ACCAAAACAAAACAAAAACAAACGAGGAAGGCUUGUUUUGUUUAAGUUGGUUCAAAUUCAAAUCAAAAUCAAACUACAGUAAAGAACAUGAACAUGAACAUGAACAUGGUAGUAGACACCGAGAAGAAGCAAGAAACCAUAAAAGAGAAAGAUUUAUUCAAAGCAGCAGAAGAAGGAGAUUCUUCAACCUUUGAAUCAUUGUCUUCUGAAUCACUCUCCAAAGCACUUUCUCUAAGAAACGAAGACGAUCGUUCUCUUCUUCAUGUUGCCGCUUCUUUUGGUCACUCUAAGGUGGUGAAGAUAUUGUUGUCUUGUGAUGCAUCUGCUGAAGUGAUAAAUAGUGGUGAUGAAGAAGGGUGGGCACCGCUUCAUUCUGCUGCCAGCAUUGGGAAUUCGGAGAUUCUGGAAGCUUUGUUGAACAAAGGAGCUGAUGUUAAUAUUAAAAACAAUGGGGGACGCGCUGCCUUACACUAUGCAGCCAGCAAAGGUCGGAUGAAGAUUGCUGAAAUACUCAUCUCCCAUAAUGCCAACAUUAAUAUAAAGGACAAGGUUGGUUCCACCCCGUUGCAUCGGGCAGCUAGCACUGGGCAUUCUGAGUUGUGUGAACUUUUGAUUGAAGAAGGAGCAGAUGUUGAUGCUGUUGAUAGAGCUGGUCAAACUCCUCUAAUGAGUGCCGUGAUUUGUUAUAACAAAGAGGUAGCACUCCUUCUUAUAAGGCAUGGAGCAGAUGUGGAUGUGGAGGACAAGGAAGGGUACACAGUGCUUGGUCGAAUUACUGAUGACGAGUUUAGAUCAAUAUUGAUUGAUGCUGCCAAGACCAUGCUUGAAUGAUACAAACACAAGAGAACGAGAACAAGGUUUUGCUUAGGAGUUAGGACCUGUUUUAUGUGUAUGACCAUUGAGAGCAUUCAAUGGCUUGCAUUUUCGCCAACCAACCUUGCAUUUCUGUCUCUUUUUUUUAUAGCAUUCUUAACUAGUAUUUGAGGUUAUUUUCACCAACAUAUACAACUAACGUUUAUGAUCCCUUUGAUUUGAGAAUAUCGUAAAUUUUAUAUAUAUAG